CUCCCCCGCCCCCGGAACGGAAUCCUCCAGCGAGCGGAGCUGGCUGGGGCGCGUGCAUCCCGCACCAUCCCCCGGCCCCGGCCCCGGCCCGGCCCGCGUCAGACCGAGCUGCCGCCGUCUCCACCGCAGCAAGAGCAGCAGCACCCAGGAAGCCGGGCCCAACUGGGCCGCGGGAGGCGGGGGCGCCCGGGCCCUGAAUGUCCCGCAGCGCGGCGGCCAGCGGCGGACCCAGAAGGCCUGAGCAGCGUUUGCCCCCAGCCCCCUGUGGGGCCCUGGGGCCCCCUGAAACUUUCAGGACGGAGUCAGACGGGGCGGGCACCAUGAACAAGCUACGACAGAGCCUGCGGCGGAGGAAACCGGCCUAUGUGCCUGAGGCAUCGCGCCCACACCAGUGGCAGGCGGAUGAGGACGCCGUGCGCAAGGGCACAUGCAGCUUCCCGGUCAGGUAUCUGGGCCACGUGGAGGUGGAGGAGUCCCGGGGGAUGCACGUGUGUGAAGAUGCCGUGAAGAAGCUGAAGGCGAUGGGCCGGAAGUCUGUGAAGUCUGUCCUGUGGGUGUCAGCUGAUGGGCUCCGUGUGGUGGAUGACAAGACCAAGGACCUGUUGGUGGACCAGACCAUUGAGAAAGUUUCCUUCUGUGCACCUGACCGCAACCUGGACAAGGCUUUCUCUUACAUCUGCCGGGAUGGCACCACCCGCCGCUGGAUCUGCCACUGUUUCCUGGCGCUCAAGGAUUCCGGGGAGAGGCUGAGCCACGCCGUGGGCUGCGCCUUCGCCGCCUGCCUGGAGCGGAAGCAGCGCCGGGAGAAGGAGUGCGGGGUCACAGCGGCCUUCGAUGCCAGCCGCACCAGCUUCGCCCGCGAGGGCUCCUUCCGCCUGUCCGGGGGCGCACGGCCCUCAGAGCGCGAGGCCGGGGACAAGAAGAAAGCAGAGGCAGCAGCAGCUCCCGCUGUGGCUCCUGGGCCUGCCCAACCUGGACAUGUGUCCCCAACACCAGCUACCACAUCCCCUGGUGAAAAGGGUGAGGCAGGCACCCCAGUGGCUGCAGGCACCACUGCUGCUGCCAUCCCCCGGCGCCAUGCCCCCCUGGAGCAGCUGGUUCGCCAGGGCUCCUUUCGUGGGUUCCCAGCGCUCAGCCAGAAGAACUCGCCUUUCAAACGGCAGCUGAGCCUACGGCUGAAUGAGCUUCCAUCUACGCUGCAGCGCCGUACUGACUUCCAGGUGAAGGGCACAGUGCCUGAGAUGGAACCUCCUGGUGCCAGUGACAGCGAUGGCAUCAACGCCCUGUGCACGCAGAUCAGUUCGUCCUUUGCAAGUGCUGGAGCACCAGCAUCAGGGCCACCAUCUGCCACAACAGGGACUUCUGCUUGGGGUGAGCCCUCUGCACCCCCUACAGCUGCCUUCCAGCCUGGCCAUAAGCGGACACCCUCAGAAGCUGAGCGGUGGCUGGAGGAGGUAUCCCAGGUGGCCAAGGCCCAGCAGCAGCAACAGCAGCAGCAGCAACAGCAGCAGCAGCAGCAAGCAACCUCCGUGCCCUCAGUACCCACCAUGCCACCUGCCCUGCAGCCCUUCCCUGCCCCUAUGGGGCCCUUUGACACGGCACCUGCCCAGGUGGCCAUGUUCCUGCCACCCUCACACAUGCAGCCCCCAUUUGUGCCCGCUUACCCAGGCCUGGGCUACCCCCCCAUGCCCCGGGUCCCUGUAGUGGGCAUCACCCCCUCGCAGAUGGUGGCCAAUGCUUUCUGCUCUGCUGCCCAGCUCCAGCCCCAGCCUUCCACUCUGCUAGGGAAAGCUGGGGCUUUCCCACCCCCUGCUGCCCCCAGUGCCCCCGGGGGCCAAGCCCGUCCACGACCCAACGGGGCCCCCUGGCCCCCAGAGCCGGCACCUGCCCCAGCCUCUGAGUUGGACCCCUUUGAGGCCCAGUGGGCAGCAUUAGAAGGCAAACCCGCAGUGGAGAAGCCCUCCAACCCCUUCUCUGGUGACCUGCAGAAGACUUUCGAGAUUGAACUGUAGCCCCAGAUACCCGGCCCACCCUGGCAUCCCCAGGUGUAUUGUGACACCUAGGGAUGGAGGCACAACCUCUCCCCUAGGCCGCUCCCUGAGGCUGCGCCCCUCAGCCUCCCCUUAAGCCCUUCUCUCCACCACCCCCAUAACCACUACAGAACCAACAUUGUAAUGCCAAGGGCACAGCAGGAUGGCAUUCAGAGACGACCCGGCCUGGCUAAGGGAGCCGAUUCACUGCCAGACUCAGGCUGGCCAUGCGCCUCCACCCCCAUGGGGGGUGCCCUCCGUUCCAGCUCCCCUUCCUAGUUUCUGUUGUUGGCCUUCCGCCUUCUGAAGUUGGGCAGGAUAGAGGGGGACACCCACUUAGAGGCUGUCCUGGGCCCCACCUGUGGGCCUGGCCCAAGUCCAGGGUGCCCUCCCCACAUACACAGCACAAGCUAAGGGCUCCCCUCUGCCCACACCGCGUUCACUGCCAAUGCUGUCUCCCCACUGCCCGCCCCCUCUUCGGGGCCUGCGUCUUCUGGGGGCCAUGGGGUCAGGGGCCAAGUUGGGGGUCCACGAGGUGGGGGGGGGAGGAAAAAGAUGCUCAGUUACCUCACAUCAGUGCCCGCUGGGAGGUGGUCCCGGAAGAGGGGAAAGGGUGCCUGGCGGGUACUUUUCUAUCUUUUAUUUCCAGAUUUUUUUUUGUAUCUAAACUUGCAGAUUUGUAUUAUACAAGGACAGCCAAUAAAGGAAAAC